UAGAAGUCCAUCAUAGACUUUGCAAUUUUAUAAAUUCACAAAAAUUAAAAAAAAAAAUAAAAUCUCAAAAAAUAAAAAUUAUAAAAAUUUAAAAAAACAAAUUGUUAAAAAUAAUAAAAUUACAAAAAUUCUCAAAACAGACUCGAAAGAUGAAAUCAACCUUAAAUCUUCAACAUCUUCCAUCCGAAGUCAUCAUCAAUUGCCUGAUCUUCCUAAAUAUUGAAGAUUUAAAGGCAUGCAGACUAGUUUCACAUCAAUUAAACACUUUCAUCUUCGACUCACCUAAAAUCAUGAGAAAAUUCAAGUUUAACCUUCAAUUCAGCAUCAAGUCAAGCAACUUGGACAAUUCAGAAGAUUUAGACACAUCCGUUGACCUAAACUCAUCUUCAGAAUCAAUCACAGACUUACAAAUUUAUGAAUUGAAAGAUUCAAUCACACAAAAUCGGCAAUUUUCAACUUUAAUUAAGGACCAUGAAGAAUUGCUUCAUUUGUGGAACUUUAUGGAUUCUAAAGGACAUUCAGUUCGACGAGUUAACUUGAAUUUGAACAGAUUUGACAAAGUUUCAUGGAACAUCUUGGAGCAAAUGCCAAAUUUAGAGGAACUGUCGAUGAGUAGACAAUUAUCCAAUAUUCAAGCACUGCCUACAACUGUACAGAACAUCCACAACUUAUCAAGACUGAGAAUCUUGACAAUUAACAUGAAUACACUUAAAAGCUUCAUAAACAGCACCAAAAAUGUCACCAAACUUGAAAAAUUGACAGUCUUUAUAUCCACAGAAGACGAUCAAGACAUUUUAACUAACUUUGUAGCUCAACAGAGGAACUUGAAGGAACUGAAACUCGUCUUUGACUCAGAAAUGACAUCAAUCAACUUUCCAUCAUCAGACAUAACCUCAAAAGUGAAAUUCCAGCUCAGAAAGUUGAAAAUCCACAAAGAUGUCAUUCCAAACCAAAGCAGCUAUUUCAACAAAUUCAUCGAAUCACAGGCUGAACAUUUGCGAACAUUCAAGAUUGACUUCAAGCCUGACGAACAACUCUGUGGAAUAAUCAUCAAGAAAUGCAAGAACUUGACAAAAUUGGAACUAAGUUCGGAGUCAAAUGAUGAUUUAUUCAAGAAUAUUAAUCAAAUAUGGAAGUUGCCAUCCUUAACGUCAUUCAAGUGCGAUGUCAUGGAGAAUCCAAGUUUCAUCUCAAUGAUGACAAGAUUUCCAAAUGUAAGCAUGCUGAAGGCAGGACGUUUAGGUUUAAUUUAUGGAACCUACGAUAAAAUAACAGAAAUCAAGGCUAAACUCAUGAUGAGUCAUCAUUACGACUGCCAGUUCCCAAACCUAAAGACUCUACACAUCGGAAACCUUUUAGGGAUCAAAAUUGACGACUGGAUGAAAUUCUCACAAAAGCAUAAGAAUCUUGAGCACUUAACAAUUUCUGGGACAUUCUUUUGUGACGACACUGCCUUUGGACUGGAACAUUUGAGGAAUUUUGAGAGUCUGAAGACAUUGAAGUUUAGAGGAAGGGAUAUUGACUGUUCAAUGUUGAGGAUGGUUGCUGAGAUGAUUUAAAUGAUUAGACUUGCCUGCUUUUGUGACUGAACUAGGUUGCUGACUUAACUAGCCUGGUUUUUGAUUUGCCAAACUUGAAUCUUGAUGAACUGAAAUGGUUCUUUACUUUACGAACCUGGUGACUGACUUGUCUUAUCUAGGGACUGGUCAACAUGACUUUGUGGCUAGUUUUAGACUAAAUUUUGUAAAUAUAUUUGAGAACAUCCAUCAACUCUAAAGUCUCAUAACAACUGAAUAUAUUUUAAAUCUUUAUCAAUUGAUAUCACUUAAGUGGUUCGGAUUAUGCUUUUGUAAUCUUUUGUACAGUCUUUGCUAAGUCAAUAAUUAUUGGAC